AUGGAGAAUGAUCGGGUAGCUGAUUGGCAAAAUGAAGUAACAAAAAUGAUUGUUGAUCAGAGAUUUGUUAAUACACAUUAUCAAGGCAAAGAUGGAGCAGGCUGUCAGCCUAAUCAAUUCUUGGAUGCUUUACAGAUUUUAUAUUCAAACAAGGAACUUUUCGUUAAACUUCUGCAAGAUCCAAACUCUUUGUUAGUAAAACAGAUCCAAGACUUACAGAGCUCUCAAGUGAAAGAACCAUGCCAGCAGGCAAGGCAGAAAACGAUGCCUCAAAAUAGUAAUGCUACGCAACGUGUAAAACCUUUGAAUUCCUUUGAUAGAUCUGAUUUGAGGUCAAGUUGUAAGCAUCAGUCCUCAAACAAAAUAGUAGUUUUGAAGCCUGGCACUGUUAAUGUGGAAAAGUUUGUAGAAACAAGCUUUGUUAGUCCUCCUCAUUCGCCUAAUAGCUUCAGUUCUAAUGCACAAAAGACUAGGCUUUCACAUUUUCCCUUCAGUUGUAUAAAGAGAAAAUUGAAGCAUGUCAUGGGAGUAAGGAGACAAGAAAAGCAGUGGAGGACAGCUGAUAAAAUGCCAAGUAAACUUCCCUCCGGUCCAAAGCACCUGGGAGAUGGUAAAAAAGUAAAACAAAUGGAAAUUUCUGAAAGAAACUCACCAAUUAAUGCCCUUAGUAAGGAUUCAUAUCUUGAUUUGAAGAAGAGGGACAAGAUUAUCAUGUUGAAGGGGCGGGAAGCUGCUUCAUUUGGUGAAAGUUGCACUAAGAACACAUAUAAUACUUCAGUUGGCCCUUGUGAAGAAAAUAUAUUGAAAAUGCAUAUUGAAAGUGGGAAGAAUCCGUCUCAGAUGUUAAAUGAGGAAUAUAACCGGUGCAUAAACUCUCUACAGAGAUCAGUCCCGCUUCCUGACCUAUUCUCCUUGACAAGGUUGCAUAGGUACUGUGACCACUGUUCCAUCACUGAAGGGAUGAGAGAUUAUAGCUAUAAGUCGGGGCUUCCAAAAGAAGGGGAAAAAGGUUCAUAUAAUUUUUUGGAACCGGAAAUCAAGGAUCCACCAGUGGCCAUUGUUAAUAUGCAUACUGAUAAGUUGCAGCUUUCUGGAGAAGAAGAUAAUAGUCUUAGAAAUAGUGUUCCUGGCCACAAGCUGCAUGCACAUUAUGAUAUUCGUAGAGAUUGCAGAUACAUGGACAGUCCUACUCAGAACAUCGACAUCAAUAAUAUAACCAGAGGAAGUGGAUCAUUGCUGGAUUUGCAUGCAGAGAUCCAGACUUUGCCUUUUUCACCAGAUGUUUCAUCAAGCCGAUCCUGUCAGAGAACAGAGGAUAUUGCAGACAUGGGAAACAAAGUUGAACACCCAAAUACUGAAUCUGUCGUUGAACAAUUUAUUAAGGAUGAUGUUACCAACCUUCCAAUCACCACCAUUCAACCAGACGAGUCACCAGUACAGGUAAUGCAUAACAAAAUUGAAGAGAACUAUUUGGAAGACCUUUUAAGACUCUCUUUGGAUCCAUUGAACGAUUCAACCUCCGCCAAGGACAUCAUACACUAUGUAAGGGAAAUUCUGCAUGCCUUCAUCUUGAAAUGUGAUGAACUUAAUCCGAAGAGAUCAUGUGACCAACUGCUGGAUCCAUCCAUCUUUGUUGAACAGAAGGAAACAACUAGCCAACUUAGCGGUGGCACAAUCUUCCAUGAUUGUGUCAUCGAAACUUUCAUGCAGGUAUACCAGUACUGUGGUUUCCCACUUCAUGUUCCAAACGUCCAAGCAUAUGUUGUGAAGAAACUUGUGGUUAAAGAGAUUACAGGACUAGUUAACUUGCACUUUCACCCUCAUCCAUCACCUUUAACGUUAGAACAGCUAGUUGAAAAGGACUUGGCAAGACGUGGUUCAUGGCUAAACAUCCAAGUUGAUGCAGAAGACAUUGCAACAGAGGUGGAGAAAGAUGUUCUUGAAAAACUGGUAUUGGAAAUUGCGUCUGAGAUGGAUUUCUACAUGUAA